AUGGACAAAGCACUGCAAAUAAAAUCCAUUAUUGUCUUCUCCCUCAUUGCCAUGAUCGUAGCACUAGUGCCACUACACUUGAUCAUAUCACUUCAUGCCUUGUACUCCGACUUCAGACACUUAGUCGAGACUGUGUAUGAUGUAUAUUCAAUGGUGAGCAAGUGUUUUGGUCACUGUAAGAACCGAAAUGCAGAACUUCCGACUCCUCAAUCUCCCACCGCUCCAAUCCGUGCGAUUCAUGAAACAGUGGAGGACAGCAUGGAGCUGUCAAGGCCAGAAGUGGAAACCGUGAUGGCAAAGCUGGGGAUCUUCAGGAACCCAAGUGGCGACGACCAUGAUGAGGUUCAAGAGAGAAUAGGGGUCAGGGAAAUCGCAGCUCUUUUUGAGGAGGAAGGGCCAAGUCUGGAGGAAGUGAAGGAGGCGUUCUAUGUGUUUGAUGGGAACUGUGAUGGGUACAUAGAUGCUGGAGAGCUGGGUGAUGUCCUCCAUAAGUUGGGCCUUGUACAGCUCUGUGAGGUCGAUUGCAGGAGCUUGAUUCAGGCCUUUGAUGACAAUGGGGAUGGAUUGAUUGAUUUCAGAGAGUUCAAAAAACUUGUAGAGAAAAGCUUCUCUUAA